AUGAAGAAGACGUGGUCUGGCUUAAGUGCCCGCGAGCCCCCGCCGUUGUCCAAGUCCCUUUUGGGUUUGGGGUUUGCAGGGAACGUGUUGCGGGGGCUGUCGCCUUCGCUGCGGCGCGCUGCUGCUGCUGCGCUGCGCCCCUUCAAGAAGUGGCGCUCUUUGGCUUUUCUCUCCGCCACUUUUUUUCUUUUUUCUUCUUUGCUGCUGUGGGCCAAAGGCGAGGGCCUCGCGCGCCUCGGAGUGCCCCCCGACAAGAUCCCCCAGGGGCCCCUCGACGUCUCGGGCCAGCUCAAGUACGCCAGCUAG